UCAGAUAUUAAACUGAAUACUUUCUUGAAAAAUAUCGACAUGACGUUCAGCUCUCUGAUCAAAAUUCACUCUUUAUCUGUACAAACCAAGUUUGUAAAACCUCGCCUGAAAUUGAAUUGUCUUUGGCGUCUUUUACUCAUUGGAUCAUUAACAAUUGCCGUGCCAAAUAUUGGUUAUUACUUAUUUUCAGAUAGUAUCAUGCAAAAUAAAACUAGUAAUGCCUUGUCACAAAAUGAUAGGCUGCACGGAUAUCCGGGAAACAUUGAUAACGAUCCAUAUAUAAAAUCCAUGAGAGAAAAAUUUCCUCUUAAAAUGAUAUCAUACUUAUCAAGACUUAUAAAUGCAACAAAUCCGAAAUACGCAUUAACUAUAAAUAGUUCAUACCUUAUAGAGAAUCCAAAUUUGUGCAAACGUGCUCUAAACCUUUCAGUUCUAGUUGUAGUCAAUUCAGCAACAGGAAACUUUGAAAGAAGGCAAGCGAUAAGAGCUACUUGGACUAAUGAUUCCUUUUAUCACCACCUAGGCAAGGUCAAGGUAAUGUUCCUACUCGGUAAACGUCUCAACAAUAUUACACAGGAAAUGAUAAAAAAGGAAUUUGAAGCAUAUGCUGACAUUUUACAAGGGGAUUUUGUUGAUACAUACUACAAUCUAACACACAAAGGAGUCAUGUGUUUCAAAUGGAUCCAAGAAAACUGCCAAAAUCCAAAACAUAUUCUUAAAGUUGAUGACGACAUUCUUGUUAAUAUGUUUCUAUACUUUGAACAUAUUCAAAAGACUCCGAAAAUUCGGGAUGCUAACGUAUACUGUCAUUACAGCACUACUGAAAUUGUUAGGAGACAGUCAAGCAAGUGGUAUAUAAGUGACAAUCAUUUUAGAGGAGUACAAUAUUAUCUCAACUUUUGUCGAGGAAAGUUCGUCAGUAUGACAAACAAUAUAAUUCCAUCGUUGUUCCUGUCUGCUUCUAAAACACCAUUCUUCAAAUUGGAUGACGUACUUUUAUAUGGAUAUGUCAUGCAUAAUAUCCCGAGUUUGAAAUACGAAACCUUUGCUUGGAAGGAAAUGCAGGAGGACAAUAGAAAUGCUAUCCAAUGCUACGAAACAUUGAAAGACAAAUGCCAAUUGGUAAUAAUGCAAGCAAGUGGUAUAAAUGAAAUGUCAGAAACUUGGUCUACACUACUGAAGUAUUUCAAAAAAUAAAACUAAUUUUAUUCGUCUCCCAUAUCAUUAAUUAUAUGAAAAAAAUUAUCAGGUUUUGAAUAUAAAACUCCAUACAAAACAUUAAUCAAUUAUAGUUUUGAGUUUUAUCUGUCUGGUCUAUGUCACUUGUAAGAACCAAAAUGCAUUUAUUUUUAUACAAGCUUGCAUUUAUAUCCUGUUCUACCAUGUCUUUAAACAUUACAUAACAUUAACAACAUCACUGCAUUUCAAAUUCAAGUUAUCUUCAACUCUUCAGACAAUCAUAAUUUACAUUUGUAUAAGUAUGUAAUUUAACUUUUGAUUUAGUGAUUGCCUUGUUUUGACUUUAAGGUCAUCAUAAAUUUGAAUAUUUAAUUAUAUUAAAAUCAUCUACCAGCGGACCCUUACAGUACUGAUUGUAUGUGAUGAAACAACUACUUUACACAAGUCUAAAUGUCGUUCGACAGUCUAUACGUUUUAAAUGUAUAAAAAUAAAUUGUAUAGCCAACUAAGACAUUGUAAAGGCUGAUGAAAAAAAUGUUAUAUACAUUUCAUUGUACAUGUUGUAACAUUGACUAUUUGUAUCUUAUAAAUUCAUAGUUAUAAAUUUCUGUUUCUCCAAUCAAUGUUUAAGGUACAACAAACAAAGGACACAAACAGAGAAAAUUAUUAAUCUUUAUAGUGAUGAACAUUGUUCAGUUUUAACUUAAAAAAGGUUUUACUAUCAUGUAACUUUUUUAUAUUAGAAAUAAGUUUUAGUUCGUUUUGCAAGGUAUAACACGUUUUUUUCAUUUUACUUUAGUAAAAAUGUUUUGAUUAGUUGACAGAUUUGUUUCGCUAAGAAUACAAUGUAUGCAUGUA